ACCCAGACACAUCUCCGGACAGGGAGCUGAGCUCAGAGACGCGAGGCAGCUUCUCCUUCUCCUCCUCUGCAGCGGAUGACGCGGGGAGGUGGGAGCUGUGGAGCAAAGGGGGUGGUGCGUGUGAGCCGCAGAUCUGGUUACACACAUCCACACUUUUUCAUGGCAAGUUUUUUUGGAAAGUGGGGGGAGGGCGACGCUGCGACUUUUUCCUCGGGCCUGAUGUCUGUUAUUUAUUUUUUAAUUCCCAGCCUCAAGGGGAACUUCAGAAGCAGAUCGUCCAUUUGUUAAAAGUUCCUCUGUGGCUCGUGCGCCUUUUUGGGGCCGUUUGGAUAAUGAGUGGAUUCAGGAGGAUCCAGCAAAGAGCGGAGGAUUAACAAAAAAAAAGUUGGGGAGGAAACUUUGAAGCGGCCCGGAGAUUUUCUUCAGCAUGGAAAUAACUACUUCUUCAUGUAGAGACGGAAACAUCCUGUCUGGAUUAUUGACAAAGGACCAUUUACGCACCAGAAUAUAAGAAUAAUCACUUUUAUUAGUUUUAUUUCCCUGCAUAGUUGCGUCUCUCUCUCUCUCUCUAACCCAAGAUGUCUUCCCCCGGCUGGAGCCCCAUUGUUGGGAUGCUUUGCGUCUGGGCUGCUGCUGCCUGGCUCCCGGGCUCCGGGGCAGUGUUGUCUCCAAACGGGACAUUGUUCGAGGACCACUGCAAGAAAACCACGACCUGCGAGGCCCUGAAGUACAACACAUGCCUGGGGUCUCCUCUGCCCUACACCCACACCUCCCUGGCCCUGGCGGAGGACUCCACCACACAAGAGGAGGCUUUUGAGAAGCUGACCAUGUGGUCUGGUCUGAGGAACGCUCCUCGCUGUUGGUCGGUCAUCCAGCCGCUGCUCUGUGCUGUCUACAUGCCCAAGUGUGAGAACGGCCGGGUGGAGCUGCCCAGCCAGACCCUGUGUCAGGCCACGCGUCGGCCGUGCAGCAUCGUGGACCAGGAGCGAGGCUGGCCCAGCUUCCUCAAAUGUGACCAUUUCCCUGUGGGAUGUUCGAAUGAGGUGCAGAAGCUGAAGUUCAACACGUCGGGCCAGUGUGAAGCUCCUCUGGUGAAGACGGACAUUCAGUCGAGUUGGUACAAAGACGUGGAGGGCUGCGGCAUCCAGUGCGACAACCCUCUGUUCACCGUGAGCGAGCACAACGACAUGCACGUCUACAUCGCCUACUUCGGCACCAUCACGCUCCUCUGCACCUUCUUCACUCUGGCCACGUUUCUCGCUGACUGGAAAAACUCCAACCGCUACCCAGCCGUCAUCCUCUUCUACAUCAACGCCUGCUUCUUCGUGGGCAGCAUCGGCUGGUUGGCCCAGUUCCUGGACGGAGCGCGUGAAGAGAUCGUGUGCAAGAGCGACAACACCAUGCGACUCGGGGAGCCAUCGUCUUCAGAGACGCUUUCAUGUGUCACCAUCUUCAUCAUCGUCUACUACUCCCUGAUGUCCGGCGUGAUCUGGUUCGUCAUGCUCACCUACGCCUGGCACGCGUCCUUCAAAGCCCUGGGCACCACCCAGCAGCCGCUGUCCGGCAGAACCUCCUACUUCCACAUGGUCACCUGGUCCAUCCCCUUCGUCCUCACCGUGGCCAUCCUGGCUAUCGCUGAGGUGGAUGGAGACUCAGUGAGCGGGAUCUGUUUCGUGGGUUAUAAAAACUACAGAUACCGGGCCGGGUUCGUGCUCGCACCCAUUGGUGUGGUGCUCGUUGUCGGUGGCUACUUCCUGAUUCGGGGUGUCAUGACCUUGUUUUCCAUCAAGAGUAAGCACCCAGGACUGCUGAGUGAGAAAGCGGCGAGCAAAAUCAACGAGACGAUGCUGAGACUCGGCAUAUUUGGUUUCCUGGCUUUCGGCUUUGUUCUGAUCACCUUCGGCUGCCACUUCUACGACUUCUUCAACCAGGCUGAGUGGGAGAGGAGCUUCAGAGAAUAUGUGCUGUGUGAAGCCAACGUGACGAUCGCCUCUCAGACCAACAAGCCGAUCCCAGAAUGCACCAUUAAAAACCGUCCGAGUCUAAUGGUGGAGAAAAUCAACCUGUUCUCCAUGUUCGGGACCGGAAUCGCUAUGAGCACCUGGGUCUGGACCAAGGCCACCAUCCUUAUCUGGAAACGCACCUGGUGCAAGAUUAUCGGCCGCAGCGACAACGAGCCCAAGAGGAUCAAGAAGAGCAAGAUGAUCGCCAAGGCGUUUGCGAUGAGGAAGGAGCUCCACAAGGACCCGGAGAAGGAGCUGUCGUUCAGCAUGCACACGGUGUCGCACGACGGGCCAGUGGCUGGAAUCAAUUUUGAAAUAAACGAGCCGUCCAAUGAAAUGUCGUCAGCUUGGGCGCAGCACGUGACCAAGAUCGUGGCCCGGCGAGGUGCCAUCCUGCCUCAGGACAUUUCUGUCACCCCCACGGGCACACCAGUGCCACCUCCAGAGGAGCGGAAUAGACUGUGGAUGGUGGAGGCCGAGAUUUCCCCUGAGAUGAUAAAGAGGAAGAAGAAGAAAAAGAAGAGGAAGAAGGAGGUGCGUCCAGUGAAGGAGGUGACGGAGCACCAGACGUAUCAUCAGCGCGAGGCUUGCCGCAGCACGGUGCCUCGUCUGCCCAAGCUGCCCUGCCACCCGAGCCUCGUCGCCAACCUGCAGGAGCAGCAGAAGCUGGAGGAGGAAGUCCUGCCGGGGUCCUACCCAGACUUCCAAACCUCACACCCUCUGUCCUGUGAGGAGCGAUGCCGCUACCCGCCCUACCAGAGCAGCCAGAACAGCUACGGCCGCAGCCUGCUCUCUAAUCCUCUGACCUUCAACGAUCGUCCGGAGGAUCUGGGUCUCGGCCCCCGCUGCCCGCCCUCUGCCUCCUCCUGGCAGCCAAGCAGAGCUUCUCACUACCCCCGGGAGGUGCAUCUCACCGACGGGCUGUCAGAGAGGUUGGCCCAUGUGGCUCGGGUCCCGGCGGGCCGCAGGGUCAACUAUGGGCCCAUCCACUCCCGGACCAAUUUGAUGGAGGCGGAGCUUAUGGACGCUGACUCUGACUUCUAAGACUAAAGCUCCGGUACCUUCUGUCUCUUUGCGGUACACAGACAGUAAGCUAUAGAAAGUGCUGGAUACUUCUUAAUUCUUACUAAAGUGCACCAACACUGAACUGAGCUGGGCAUUUUUUAUUUCCUUUUGAAUUUUGUUUUUCUUCUUUUUUUUUUAAAGGAAAAGGAUAAAGUGAAAAAAUUUGUUGUGAAUAAGUUAAAGAGUAAUUUUUGUUCUUUGUGUCCAAUUCAAUUUCAAAGGCAACUUCAUGAUGAUGAGAAAUGAGGCAGCUAAACUGUUCGUGGCUUGAAACAAUAUAGAUUAUUAGUUUGAAAACCUAUGAGCGCAACAUUCAACCUAAAAUGUCGUUAUUGCUAUUUGACCCACUCGUCAAAAUUUUUGAGAUCACAAUGAAAGGUGCUAUAUUUUAUUUUUCAGCUGUAAUCCUAGAAAACGUACCCUCUAGUGUCAUAGUGCCGAAAACCUCGACUCAUACAUUAAACCACACAACUACAGGCUGCCUGCAAAUACUUUUGAACCAAGGUCUUCUCUUGUAUUAUAUGUUAAUGUUGGUUUGGCUCUUCCCAACACUAUUUACCCAAUAGUAAUAUGUGUUUAUGUACAGUUAACUGGAGGUACUAACCGUUAUCCCCUGCUCUAUUAGGACUAAUAUCACUGUCGCUAAGGGAUUGAUUUCUUUAAGACUUUGUAUUUACACACUGGGACGUGAACUGAAGCCUGAAGAACUGAAGGAAAAGGUCAAGUUUGACUCGCUAAAGUUUCACAGCUUCCAGGCACGUUCACUCAUACACACACGUAACAGUUCACUUCCAAUCUGUGCGAGCGAGGAGGCAAAUGAAACGUUCGCUUCCUGCGGCAAAGCAAAUCCGCUUCAACUUUGGAGAACUUUGACCCACAAUCUUCAUCUAUAUGUGUGACCGUGUCCUCACGCUGUGGAUAUUUACAUCACUUUUCAUCAUAAUCACCCAAAUCAUCAUCGUGUCCUUUCGUUCUUUGAUUUUUUUUAACAUCAGCAAAGUAAUAGAAACAUGAUUUUAAUGUUAAUCAGCUCAACUAAAUGUUACAGAGUUAAAAUACUUACAAAUGAUCUGUUGCCUGGUGCAACAAACCAACACUUCAUGCAGUUCUCAUUUUGUUUUCAAUGCGUUCUUUUUGUAUAUUACAGAAAAAACUACAUUUUACAAUUAUUUUUAAAAGGGUUAUUUUUUUACAGCAGUGUUUGUACGUUAGUUCAUCUGUUGGAUAUAUUCAGUCUCAACUGGGCUUCAUGUUUCCUCUUCUCCUCAGUCCAGAUUUAAACUCCUCUGUCUUUUACACUGCAAUGGACAUAGACAUUUUUUUUUUUUUUUAAAUCUGAACAAAAUGCUUUUUCUGUCGCUCAUUUUCCUAAAUGUGUUUACUGUACAUAGGCUGUUCAUAGAUUUCUAAUUUGUACAAAUUUAUACAUCAAAUCUCUUGAUACUCUGCUGACAUCAUGUAUAAAAAGGGAAGAGUCGAUUAUGCUAUAAAAAAAAGUUGUCACUGUACUUGUGCUGUAACCAAAAUGUCCCCUUGUGUUGUCAUGUUACUCUCACUGUGGAUAACUGAUGCUGAAGUAGACGGUGCUAGAUGCCUCUUAGCCAACGGAGAACCAGCUUUGUCUAAUAUGUCUUGUAAUUCAUGUGUAUGAGAGAGGAUUAUUUAUGUUCGCAGUAGUCAACAAUGUAGUUUUGCAACAGAAACUUAGUAGAUCAUAAACCAAGGCCCAACUGUCCAAGAUCAAUUAAUUAUUCCCUUAAAAAGUGGUGAAUGAAAUGUUGAAAAUCUCACAGUGUUGAAGGAAGUGAACAACGUUUCCGCAUCAGCCCCCUUCUUCCAUGACCCACAUCACAUCCCUCUGCAGAGUUUUGUGGAAAUCCAUUCAGUUGUUGUGUAAUCCUGCUAACAAACAUACAAACCAACCAACACACACAGGAGUGAAAACAUAAUCUCCUCAGCAGAGGUAAUAAAGCAAAGUCUGCCCAAACAUUUCCUCCAAAUAUUAUUAAGAAAUCAAAUGAGCAUUACCUUUGAGACUUUGUACGUCUUUUCUAAGGCAUCAAGAGAUUUAUCAAUGGGCCAGUCUGUGUUGCUUUCUGUGUAAAAAAAACAUGUAUGUCAUUUCUACCGUGCAAGUGUAUUUUUUGUUGUUUUUACGUAAAUAAAAUAAUCCUUCAUGUUU